GCCCGUUUAGUAUCGGAAAGGUACCAAUAUGGCGGAGGCUUCCUUGGGAAGUACAAGUCCAGUUGGCUCUUUGUCAUCAGAGGAUCACGACUUUGACCCAACAGCAGACAUGUUGGUCCAUGAUUAUGACGAUGAGCAUACUCUAGAGGAAGAAGAGAUGCGGGAAGGAGAGUCAAAUGUGAGUUCGGAGAUAGCAGAUCUGGAGAAGGAGGGGAACAUGCCACUGGAGGAGCUGUUGGCCUUGUAUAGGUAUGAACCAUCAGUCAGCACUGUUGGUGGUUCGAGUGCGGACAGCUCGUCUGUGGAACUGACGGAUGAGUUACCUGACAUGACGUUAGACAAAGAGGAGAUUGCUAAAGAUCUGCUGUCUGGAGAUGAUGAAGAAACCCAGUCUUCUGCUGAUGAUCUCACACCAUCAGUGACCUCGCAUGAAACCACUGAUUUCUUCCCCAGAACUCUUCGCUCCAACACUAUUUACGAUGGCGACAAAGAGUCUGAAGGUGAGGAGGAUGGUCUGAACACUGAGGACUCUCGAAAGGAAAUCAUGGUUGGAUCUCAAUACCAAGCUGAAAUUCCCUCCCUUACCUGCUAUGAUGAACAUGAGAAGGUAUAUGAGGACGAAGAUCAAUUACUAUGGAAACCGAAUGUAUUACCAGAGUCGAAAGUAAAAGAUUUCUUGCAAGAGGCAACCCUGUCAAGUACUGAUGGAGCUAUAGAGGGAGAUGGAGAGUGUCUUGUUAGAGACAAUGAACAGGCCCUGUAUGAGCUUGUUAAGUGCAACUACACUAUCCAUGAAGCUCUUGAACGGUAUCGCAGCAAUGAAAAAUCUUCAAAGGAUGAAAUGCACCCCUGGUCUGAAGAAGAAUGCCGAAACUUUGAACAUGCUCUUCUUUUAUAUGAGAAGAACUUCCACCUCAUUCAGAAGCACAAAGUUAAUACAAGGACUGUGGCAGAAUGUGUUGCGUUUUACUACAUGUGGAAAAAGUCAGAACGGUUCGACUUCUUUGUCCAGCAAAAUCGAUUUGGGAAAAAGAAGUACAGCAGCUACCCUGGUGUAACGGACCUGAUGGAUCGACUGGUGGACGAAGCAGAGGGUCUGGUAGAUGGCUCGGGCUCCGUCUGCUCCAGCAGCAGUGGCAGGAUAGAGCCCUCAGCUGACCAGCAGCUCAACAUCUUGAACUCAAUCACCGCCAGCGACCUCUCCGCACUAACCAGCAGCGUGGCAUCAGUGUGUAACCCUGGCGAUGUGAGCUGCCUGGACUCCUACAACUUCUCACCUCUGGACGGCCUCCACCGCGGACCCCUGGGCCACGACGAGCCCCUCAGUUUCUCCGGCAACGGAGAUGGCGACUGCCUCAAUCUAUUAGACUCUGGCUUCUACCAUUCGGACCUCGGGCAGCUCAACGUGUGCAGCGACGACUGCGAGAGGCCGCCAGCCAAGAGGCUGAAGAUGGGCCUGUCCGAGCCCUUCCUGAACGAGGUGGCCAUGGGCAGCCGCGGCAUGGGCGUGGACUUCGAGGGCCGCACGCACCACAUCACCAGUGCCAAAAUGGCUGUUUCCGUCACUGACUUUGGCAGCCUUUCAGCCAGCGAGGCUGGCAGCUACAUGGGAAGCCACACACUACAUCAGCACACGGCACUGCAGUCUGAGUAACUGUUCAUGAAACAAAAAUGCCUCGCUCCGGUUCGAUGGGACCACUUGCAGUCGAACCAUGUAUAUAGCCGCUCACUGGAAAUUCAAUUUCUUUUUGUUGUUGUUUUUGUUUAUUAAUUAUGUAUAUUUGCGUGUAUAUAUGUACAGAUUCCUUUUUUUACUCUGACAUCAGUGAUGUCUUAUUGUACAGACCUUAAUCUUGAGUUCUCAAGAGUUAAUACAGCCAUUUAUUUUCAGUCCGGAAUAUUUUGGAAAGUGUCAUAUGUAUCCUGUCCGAAUACUGUGGAAGCUGAACUUGUGGUAUGGAGUGAAGGGUCUGGACUUUCACUUCAUGUCAGUAGUUUCCCACAAGAGUUGCAGAACCUUCAGUCUCAUACACCCACUCCCCCAUUUUUAUCGAUGACAAGGUGUGUCUGCCACAACAGUCUGUUGGUACUCAGCAGUGUUGACCGGUACCUACACCUCGGCUUACAUAGCUUUUAUGCGAUGACUCCAAAUGUUUGGAAAUUCUUUUAUUAAGACCAGAAGACUUUUUGUAAAUGGAGCCAUUGUUCAUCCUAAAGGAGACUCACAGGCACCAGGGCAUGUUCAUCAUAAUCAUCAACGUACAUUUAAGCGGUUCCGCAAUUAAGGCUUUAGUCACUCUGAUUUGACAAGGGAAAAUACUACGGUUCAUAAGAAAUGCCACCUUUUUAUAUAUGGUCAGUUGAGCUUUACUGUAGCUGCAACAAAGAUUUGUAGAUUUCUAUAAAUGAACAGUAAUUAUGAUCACCCCUCCCAAAUCCCUCCCCGGUAUUUGAACGCAACAUUAGAUCUUUUCACUUGUCAUAAGGAAGGAAGACACUGCGACAAAGAGUGUAAUACAUGUUUUUGUAACUUUUAUUUAUUUGUGCUCUUUAUAUGCUCCCUUUUUGCAGUUCUGUUUGUAGUCAAAUGGUUGUUGAAUUUUGGGGGGUAUUUAUUGCUAUAAAGACCAUUGGACUGCACUUUGGUCACUACAGAGCAAAUAUUAGCUGUACUCUAAGAUCCUCUUUUUGAAAACGAGAAGAAUUUUGACGUUUUACUGGCACAUGUCCUUUUCUGUGUUUCGAUGUGUUAUGAGACCAGUUGUUCUGUCCAUCGUUUCGUUCCCUAGAGUGACUCUUUAUUUGAAGUAUAAUUGUUUGCAUGGGUAUCUUUUUAGCAAGCUUAUGAUAACUAGUUGCAGGCAUUAAUUGGGAUGUUUGUUUUUGUAGUAAAUUAGCUCACCCAUGAUCAAUAGCCAAUUAUGUAUAUAUCCACAUCGACUGCAUCAUGUGGCCCCCAAACCUUGUUCUCACUGCCAGGUUAUGUUUCGAGAAGUGGUAGGUAGGGUCGGACCGCUCAAGACAGAAAAAUCAGCUCUGUAUCUAAAUGAUCCACAAAGGGAAGCGGCUGUCGACCUAAAUUUAUCUAUGCAUUUACUACAGUAAUUUCAACCCAGACGUGGUUAUUAUUGACCUUAUUUGAACCCGCGAGACUGACCAAUCCAAGUAAUGUAAAUCUUGGAGUGACUUGAUGUAAUUGGUUGGGGUUUACACUAAGAACAGAUGGGUUUCCAGAUAAACACCCUUUUUAGCCCUUGUUUAGUGAGCGUGUUCUCAGCUCUGUUCUUCAUUUCCCUUACUGACAUGAUCCAAGUAUAUUUACCUCAAUAUGGCUUUCCUUCGUGAACUCUUAUGUACUCUCAUAUGGCAAUAAUUUGUAAAUAUGUACAGACACCAACAUAACCUUCCCACUUUCUCUUCCUUGGCAAACAGACUUGAACUUGAAAACUUUGAAAUCUGUGCUUUUGAGUCUGUAACUUAAGUAUUCCACAGAAAUGCCUUUACUUGCUUUACCGUUUAGCUGAUUAUAUAUAUAUUUUUUGUUUGUUUUUCUUUUUGCUUUACGAGAGAUUCGCUUAAGAAGAGAGUUAUUUAUUUAUUUAUUCACUUAAAACUGCAAGUGGGUGUAGUGUGUUCGAUGUUCAGUACAUGGCGUGUGCAGCUAAGCUGUCCUCCACUGCCGGCCCAGCGCUUUUGGGGUCUCACGGGGGGUCCGUGCCGACGCAAACCCAGUAGAGCGUACCUGAGCUCCGUCUUCACAGAGUAACUAGUGAAGUAGUUGAAUGUACAGUAUUAUUACGUCUUAGGGGGUUUACUGAACUUGUCUGAGAGAAAGAAUGUUUGCUGGUUAAGGCAUGGCCCUAUUUGCAGUGUUGCCUUAACACUUGUUGCUUAUUAAAAAACUUGCAUGUUUAAAUCUACCUGAAAAAAAAUACACAAAGACAAUGGCCUCUUUGGGAGAGAACGGAAGCUUUUUGGCCCGUUUUUAAAGCCUGAGAAAGGUCUUUUCCGAGGAUUUUAAGGCUGGUGAGAGAUGCGGGAGAGUGAGGACGGCUCGCACUAUGUAAAAUCGUUUCCUGUACCUGAGGCCAGAAUUCUCCAUUCUGUUUUUUUUGUUUUUCAUUACAUACUUGAAGGAUGUGUAUUGAUGCAUUUAUUUAAUACACUUAAACAAUAUUCUCAAAUUUGAGUCCUGUAGGUUGUGCAAUUAAUUUCUCCUGUCCCUCCAAGGAUUGAACAGAGCUUUAGGAAACUGUGUUGGUGAAGUAACUUAUUCAUGUCCAAAGUUUGUAUGAAAAGUACUAGCUUAAAAUUGUUGUAAAUGUAGUGAUGGUCCUUUGCUUCCAGGGGCAAGAAUUUAAAUGUAAAAAUUUAAAAACCCUCCUUAUCAGAAUAACGUUAAGUUUUGUUAAGUAAACAGUCAUUUUUUUUCUUCAUUCGUUCAAUUUUUGUGCUGGGGAAAAAAACGAUAAGCAUUACAGUAAAAAAAAAUUUUUCUUUAACACUUAUUUUGGUGUAAAGAAAUUAUAGUGUUAAAUAGACAAUCAAACAGCAAUUACUAUUCAAAAGGAAAUUUUAUCAUUCAUAAUGUUUGUACAUAGACACUGUUUCUGUUUUGUUGGUUUUUAUUUUGUAUUUUAUGUUAUACUUAAACAACUGGCAAACAGAUCCAGGAAUAAAGUUCUGGAAAUAUUA